AUAGAGUGUUUUCAAGCGGAAUCUGUCUUCAUCUGUUAGAUAUCAUCUUACAUCCAGUUUCAGGGCUAAUAAGUGCCCACUGCUUCCGAAUAUUGAUCGAUCAAUCACUGUGAUGAAUUAGUGCAUAUUGAUGCUGGGGAGCUUAGAGUUGUCAUGUGGUGAGAUUUGUGCGUCAUUGGGGACCCCGGCGGUGGCCGCGGUGCGUAUUGUUUCUUCGUCGUGUCUCAGACCGGAGUGAGGGGGUCAGUGAGUGCACACACCGAUCACCGAUCAGCGCGUUAAUUGAAUCCAUCAAUCCGUCGCGACCGGUGCGCCUCAGCCCGGAUGACAUCCGGGGUGACGGAGAGAGUGCGAAGGGUGCAGCGGCGGAAGAGAUGCGCAUAUCUGCAGGUACACUAGCGCUGUCGUAAAACGGGAGUCGGGAGCAAGUCAGCAAUCACUAAAGCGAUGCCAGGUGUAACCAAGUACAAUUUAGUGGAUGACGCGCACGAUUUGAGGAUCCCCAUGCACAACGACGAGGUGUUUAAGCAUGGGGUCUGCUUUGAGGCAAAGUACAUUGGCAGUUUGGAGGUGGGUCGCCCCGGCAGCCGGAUGGAGAUAGUUGCUGCUAUGAGAAGAAUCCGAUAUGAAUUCAAACUGAAGAAUAUAAAGAAAAAGAAGGUCAACAUUGUCGUAUCUACUGACUUUGUCAAAGUGAUUUUGCGCAAAAGGAGGAAGAGAAAAGGAUGGUCAUGGGACGAGAAUACGAUCUUGGUGACGCAGGAUCCCAUCUACAGGAUUUUCUAUGUCUCACAUGACGCCCAAGACUUGAAGAUCUUCAGUUAUAUAGCGAGAGAUGGCCAGAGCAACAUUUUCCGCUGCAAUGUGUUCAAGUCGAAGAGGAAAUCUCAGGCCAUGAGGAUCGUGCGGACAGUGGGUCAGGCAUUUGAUGUGUGUCACCAGCUGACCCUGCAGCAGAAAAGCGAUGACCAGGAGGAUGAGGAGGGGAAGGCAGAGGAAUCAGAGGCAGUGCCAGCAAAGAAGAGGUUUGCAUUGUCAGAGGAGACUGACCUUGAAGCCACUACAGAGGAGAGCAUUGAGUGUGUCUCCUCAUCAGACCUGGAGAAGAGUAAAAAGGACGGGGCCCUCAGUAUCAAUGACAAGGUGAAUGAUGACCCAUCUCUCCUGCUGGGCUCCCCCAUUCUUGGAGCUUCUGUGUCGGGUCAGUCAGCCAUAGAGGCUCCCUGCUCCACAGAGCACCAGGUCCAGCUCCUCCAGAAACAACUGCAGCAGCAGGAACAACAGGCACUGGCAGCUUCAGAGCAGGUCCAUCUACUUCAGGAGCAGCUGUCGGUGGAGAUGUGUGCGCGGACUGAAACCCAGGCCAGAGUGCGGAGGCUGCUGCAGCAGAACACCGACCUGCUGCAACACAUUUCCCUGCUGGUCAAACAGAUCCAGGAACUGGAGCUCAAAUCUGCCGGCCACUUAACAUCUAUGGGAUCCCAGGACAGUCUUCUAGAAAUCACUUUCCGCGCCAAGCCCCCCAGCUCUUCUUCAUCUAUGGGUCCCUUUGCAGCUCAAUCCCAGGUCCAGAUUAGUGACAGUGCCUGGGUCUCUGCCCUACCCGGGCCCUGCUCUCCAGGCACCGACACCAGCCAUCUUGGGCUCAGCGGCAGUGGAGUUCGUCUCGAGUGCUUCCGCUUCACCUCCCGCGGGCCGGACAGCCAGGAGCAGGGCCAGGACACAGGGGACACUCCCAGCGACGGAGCCCUGGAUGAAAGCUCGCUGCUGGGGGAGCAGGUCCUGGGAGCUCUGGAGCUGCUGCGGUUUAGGGAAUCGGGGAUUGGGUCGGAGUACGAAUCAAACACAGAUGAGAGCGAUGACAGGGACAGCUGGGAGCAGGGGGAGGGUGUGGGGUCUGACGGUCCUGGCCGACUCUUAAACGUGCUGAACGCAGAGAGUCUGCCGGACUGUUUAGGGGAUGAGAUGGCUGUGUAGUGGUGCUUUUAAAGCUGCUCAAGGUAAUAUUGCACGUAUACACCACCCCAAUGAGAAACAGCUGAAAUUCCGAAUCUGAAGGACUUGCAUCAUCGACAGAGCACUCACUGGCCACUGUUCUGUUUUGGUUUGCUACUUCCUGUGCACUGAGAAAAUGUCCCAAUUGUAUGAGUGGUGCAAGAUUUAUUAAUAGAAACAGAGAUGCAGAAAGUAUAAUCAAUUGAUGGAUUUGUCCUUAAUGUUUAAUUCAACUCCAUUGCAGCUCCAAAACAAGGUGCAACAGGUGUGUUUAUAGAUUGGAAUUUGUUGCAGUGCAGACCUAUUCAAACCUUGGACUGUCAGAUAGUAUAAACAGUUUUGUCUUUCAGGCUCCAACUGUGCUGUCUGUUAGUAUGUGUGUGAUAUAGUGUGUGCGUGUCAGUUCAAUGGUUGCUGUACCUUACAUCCUUUUGGUUCCCUGACUCUCUGGGCUUGUUACAUUGUGGUUGUGUCUGUGUUUAUGGAGUUGUGACACAUCCGGCUUGGACGUGGUCACUUUCUUUGUUGUUUCCCAGUGAAGAUCUGUGGAGAAAAGAUCACCUUUGCAAAAUCUGUCUGAAUAUGCUAACGCAAUUUUUUGGAGUUUGAAAAUUAAAACCUUACUGUGCUUGCUAUGACACAAAUCUGUAAUUACACAUGAGUUUAAAAAAUGA